UUUGGCUAAUUUUAUCAUUUUCUCUGAUAAUAAUUUACUUUUCUUAUAAAAUUAUGUAAUAGGAAUUAUCUGGUUAAUAAAUAUUUAAUUAUUUAAUUUAUAAUAUAUUUUAAUAAAUGCCAUUCGUCUAUUUUGAGUUAAUGGACAAUUAAAGAGGUUUAUCUGAGGUUAGGUGUUCUCUUACUUCAUUGCCAUCUGUCCCAGAAAAACAAAGGCCCACCCAACCCCUUCACACUGCCUAUAUAAACCCGCCACCCUCCUCCGCCCAAACCACUUCAGCCACAAUUCGAUAUUUCCCGGGCAUCGAACAAUCACCACCUACGAUGUCUCUCCUUCCACCACCACUUCUCCCUUUCUUACCCCUUGUACCUUUCCUCCUUUUGUUGACGAUCGUGUGUUAUUUCAUACAUCGGCGCCGGGGCCUGCCGGAAAAUGACAAGCGGCGGCUACCUCCUGGUUCAUUGGGUUGGCCUUAUAUCGGCGAAACCCUCAGUCUCUACACACAGAAUCCGAACAAUUUCUUCUCUAAACGUCAAAAAAGGCAUGGGAAGAUUUUCAAGAGUCAUAUACUCGGAUGCCCAUGUGUGAUGACAUCAAGCCCUGAGGUAGCGAAAACCGUCUUGGUGACUCAAUCUCAUCUCUUUAAACCAACAUACCCCACAAGCAAAGAGAUGAUGAUAGGCCCUGAAGCUGUCUUCUUUCACCAAGGCUCCUACCAUUCUCAUCUCAAGAAACUCAUCCGAUCGUCAUUUCUUCCUUCCGCCAUCAAAGGUUUGGUUCCCAAGAUCGAAUCCAUUGUCCUCGAUCUUCUUCCUGUUUGGGAGCAUUCCAAAGUUAUCAACACUUUGCAUGAGAUGAAGAAGUAUUCGUAUCAAGUCGCUAUAAUUUCUGUGUUCGGAAAAAAGUUGGAGGUGGAUGAGAUGGAAGGAGUGAAGCAUUUGUAUCAUUGUAUCGAGAAAGGAUACAAUUCCAUGCCUUUGGAUCUCCCUGGAACUCCAUUCAAUAAAGCAAUGAAGGCGAGGAAGCUUCUGAAUGAGAAAUUGAGGAAGAUGAUAGAAAUGAGAAGAGAGAAUGGGGAGCAUGGUGGAGGAUUGCUUGGGUUAUUAUUAGGAUUAAAGGAAAAUGAUCAAUUGAGUGAUUCACAGAUAGCAGAUAAUAUAAUUGGAGUCAUAUUUGCAGCUCAUGAUACAACUGCAAGUGUCCUAACAUGGCUUCUCAAGUACUUGCAUGAUAAUCCUCAUCUCUUGGAUGCUGUUAAGAUGGAACAAGAAGAAAUCAAAUGCACGAGACUCGAGACCAACCGUGGGAUUACAUGGGAUGAUACACGACGAAUGCCAUUAACUACGCGAGUGUUACAAGAGACACUGAGAACCGCAAGCAUACUCUCGUUUACAUUUCGAGAAGCGGUUGAAGACGUGGAAAUAGAUGGAUAUCUGAUUCCACGCGGUUGGAAGGUUCUUCCUCUCUUUAGAGCCAUUCAUUACUCCUCCGACUUUUUCCCUAACCCCAACAAGUUUGAUCCAUCAAGAUUCGAGGUAGCACCUCGGGUUAACACAUACAUGCCUUUUGGGAAUGGAGUUCACUCAUGUCCAGGGAGCGAGCUAGCUAAGGUUGAGACGCUCAUCCUGGUCCACCACCUCAUCACCUCCCACCGAUGGGACGUGAUCGGAGAUCACAAUGGUAUACAAUAUGUCCCCUUUCCUGUGCCCAAACAAGGCUUGCCAAUCAAAAUCCACCGCAUUAGUGAGAUCUAACGCCCAUGUGGGCCAAAUAUGCAGUGUAGGGAAAUCCAAAUCUAGAAUAGAGUGGAAAUAUAUUUAGCUCUCUUUUGCGGGGUUAUUAAUCUCUCUACCGUUAUAAAUUAAAUAAAGAGCAUAAACUAGUUAUAUAGAAAAAUAUGUUUCAAUGUUUGUGGUUUUGUGUAUGUUUUAGUACUGGUCGAUUCAAAACUUCCAUGUAAGGGGAUA